AUGAUUGUGAUUGACCCCCUGAAAAAAUUGGUCCACAAUGUGCAUAACCAUAUCACCAAUGACAAGAGAUUCAAUGGGUCUGAAAGCAUCAAGUCCUCUUGGAACAUUUCCGUAGUGAAGUUCCUUCUGGAAAAGCUCAAGCAGGAGCUGGUGACCAGUCCCCACAAUUAUACUGAUAAGGAGCUAAAAGGAGCCUGUGUGGCCUACUUCCUUACCAAGAGGCGAGAGUACCGCAACUCCCUGAACCCCUUUAAAGGCCUGAAGGAAAAAGAGGAAAAGAAACUUCGAAGUCGCCGAUACCGGCUUUUUGCCAAUCGAUCCAGUAUCAUGAGGCAUUUUGGACCUGAGGACCAACGCCUGUGGAAAGAUGUGACAGAAGAACUGAUGUCAGAUGAGGAGGACAGUCUUAACGAGCCAGGUGUCUGGGUGGCGCGUCCUCCUCGUUUCCGGGCCCAGCGCCUCACAGAGCUCUGCUACCACCUGGAUGCUAACUCUAAGCAUGGCACCAAAGCCAACAGGGUAUAUGGGCCUCCCUCAGACAGACUGCCUUCUGCUGAAGCCCAGCUCCUUCCACCAGAACUUUACAAUCCUCAUUUCCAAGAAGAGGAAGAGGAGGGAGGCAAUGAGAAUGGACCUAUCUCCCCAUCUUUUGACCAGCCCCACAAAACCUGCUGUCCUGACUUGAACUCAUUCAUUGAAAUCAAGGUGGAAAAGGAUGAGUAAAGUUUAUGACCAAGAAUAACUUAGGCUUCUGCCACUACCCAUGUCCCAGAAAUGGGUGGCCAUGGGGUUUCUCAGAAUGAGAUGCCCUAUGCAGUCUGAGAAAGCAAAUUUGCCUGUCUUCUUAACACAGUCUCUGCUUGAAGUGGA